UCCGAGUCCGACGUGUCGCCCGAACACUCGCCAAGAUCCCUGGGAAACAGAGUCCUAGCUCUGAAUUAUUAAAAGCCCCAUUCUCCUCUCCAGCCUUAACAAGAUGCCGGCCGUUCAUCACAAAUUGCUUUUAGAGGACGCUUUGCAGGACAGUCCUCAGACUCGCUCCUUGCUCAGCGUCUUUGAGGAAGAUGCGGGAACGCUGACCGACUACACCAACCAGCUGCUGCAGUCCAUGCAGAGAGUGUUUGGGGCCCAGAGCGAGAUGGGAUUGGCUACCCAGCAGCUCUCCCAGCAGCUCCUCGACUAUGAGAAGAAGAACUUUGCCAUGGGGAAAGGAGACGAGGAGGUCAUCACCACUCUACAGAAGUUUGCCAGGACCGUCGAGGAGCUCAACGCCCUCCACACGGACCUGGCUAACCAGAUGGCAGACAGCAUGGUCUUCCCAUUAAUCCAGUUCCGGGAGAAAGACCUUACAGAAAUCAGCACACUGAGGGAGAUAUUUGGCAUCGCCACGGAUGAGCACGAAGCCUCCAUGGUCAAGUACAGCCGAUUGCCCAAGAAGAAGGAAAACGAAAAGGUGAAGGUGGACCUGGUGAAGGAGGUGGCGUACACCCGGAGGAAGCAGCACCAGGCGUCCAUGCAGUACUACUGCGCCCUCAACGCCCUGCAGUACCGCAAGAGGGUGGCCAUGCUGGAGCCCAUGCUGGGCUACACCCAAGCACAGGUGAAGUUCUACAAGAAGGGCAUGGAGCUGGUCACUAAGAAGAUGGACACCUUCCUUUCCUCGGUCUCCAACAUGACCCACAACAUCCAGGCCCAGCUGGACAGCGAGGCGGAGGCCAUGCGGAUGUCCCAGCGCGAGCUGCUCUCCGUGGAGGACACCGUCUACAUGCCCGACAAGGACGACGACCCCGUGAGCCGGUCCCUCAUCCAGAAGUCUGGCUACCUCAACAUCCGGAACAAGACGGGCCUUGUGACCACAGCCUGGGACCGGCUUUACUUCUUCACCCAGGGAGGGAACCUCAUGUGCCAGCCUCGCGGGGCAGUGGCCGGCGGCAUGGUGCUGGACCUGGACAACAGCUCGGUCAUGGCCGUGGAGUGUGAAGACCGACGCUAUUGUUUUCAGAUAACCUCUCCCACUGGAAAAACGUCGAUGAUCCUUCAGGCCGAGAGCAAGAAGGAGUACGAGGAGUGGAUCUGCACUGUCAACAACAUCUCCAGGCAGAUCUACCUGACCGAGAACCCGGAGGCUGUGGCCAUCCGGCUGAACCAGACUGCGUUGCAGGCGGUCACACCCAUCACCAGCUUCGAGAAGAGACAGGAGGGAUCGCCCAACCCUGACAGGGCCAAGCCCGGGGGGGUCCAUUGCAGCGCGGGGGACGCUCCGGGCCCCGGGGCCUCUUUGGAGCCAGAGGACCUGAUCGCUCCGGGGACCCCCAUUCAGUUUGACAUCGUUCUUCCCGCCUCAGAGUUCCAAGACCAGAACCGGACCGGGGGCAGGCGCACAAAUCCUUUCGGAGAGACCGACGAUGACUCUUCCUCCGAAAGUGACGACUCCCUCCUCCAGCAGGUGUUUGCCGUGCGCUUCCUGGGCUCCAUGGCGGUGCGCUGCGGAGACAACCAGGAGGUGAUCUACGAGGUCAUGCGGCAGGUUCUAGCGGCGCGCGCCAUCCACAACAUCUUCAGGACCACCGAGUCCCACCUCAUGGUCACCAGUAGCUGUCUCAAGCUGAUCGAUCCGCAGACUCAAGUAACAAGAAUACACUUCCAGCUAGGGGAGGUGCUUCAGUUCGCGGCCCACCAGGAGAACGGCAGGCUGAUGGGUCUGGUGGUGGAGGACCCCGACUGGUCCCAGGGCGACCAGGAGGGGGCGCCACCCUCCUACAGUGCCUUCGUGUUUGAGAGCAACACCGAGGGAGAAAAGAUAUGUUUCACGAUAAACUUGGCAAAGGAGAUCGUCGAAGCGAAGAAGGACCCAGAGGCCCUGGCUGAGCUGAUGAAGUCCAUGCCACUAACCAAUGACGGCAAGUUUCUGCUGCUGGAGGCGGAGACCGGGGAUCCGACCAAUGGGGAGGGACAGGAGGACCUAGAGUCCGAAGCCUAGUCCAAUCCUACCACCGCACCCACUACCCCACUCGAGAGAUCUGGGACAAAGUUUGACCUUUAACCCAUGGAGGGGUGAUCGAUCACCCUGCCAUGGCUGAAAUACCCCCUAUCUCUAUCUCUCCAGCUCUCUCCCAUAGCUCUUAAUGUUCUACAGCUAUUGUAAGGAAGCAUGUCACACCUCCAAUGAAGCAUACAAUUCACAUAUAUUAGCUUUCCAGAGUGAGUGCUUAGGCUACUAUGUUGUGAAGAAAGAGGCAUUUCUAGGAAGGUACAGAGAAUUUAAGGAUCACCUGGAAUAGAAGGUUUGUUGUGGCCUGUAAGCAUGGAGCUGCAUUGAUUAAAACAAUGCAGCUUUGUUUCUUUGUCUUAACCUUCUCGGUACAUCCAAGUGAAAAAAAAAAAAGGGACUAUGUAGUGCUUUAGUUAAUGUUUGAGUUUGUUGUUUUUAAUCAUCUCUAUGGAUCCUGGAACAAUAAUUGUCAGUGCUUCGAUGUCGGUGUACAUUCAUCUGACGUUUUCUCUUCUGACCUUUUGGUGUAUAGCCGACUACCACUAACCACCAUUUAUUUCUUGAAUAGUUUUGUAGCGAAACAAUAUUGCACUCGAGAGGUUUUUAGCUAUUUAACAACCUUAGUUUUGUUUUUUUUGGUUUCUUUUACUUUAAUAUGCACUAACGGGAAUGUGGCGGUAGUGGUGGUUGAUGGGUAGUUCUGAGCGGUGAAAAACGAUUAUACGGCCGUAUAAAAGACUCAGUGCCCAAUAAACCUGGAACUGAAUCAGCUACAAGCGCAGUCGGCUUGAGAUGCUCAUGAAGGACAUUAGGGCGUCCGUUAGACGUUGAAGCCUCAGAAAAUAAACAUUUGGUAGGCCUAUUCAGAAUAUCCACAUUAGAAGUCUAAUAAAAAAAGAAAGGUAUGGCAUUAUCUCCUACACUCCGACGCAUUCCAAACUAUGCUGAAUUCAUUCCAGCGCCUCAGACUUCUGCAACCCGAUGGCAUUAUCUCGAACACUCGGACGGAUUUCAAACUAUGCCGAAUUCAUUCCAGCACGCCAGACUUCUGCACCCCCGACCAUCCCAUAUCCUAGUUAUCAAAAAGCUGAUCAUUACAGAAAAUGGUACACUGUGUAAAUACCACCAGUAUCAUUGUCUGUAAUGUGCAAUCAAAGGGGACCGCAGAAGCAUCUACAUUUUGGUGGGGGGGGGGGUUGUUACUACGUCGCUGCAUUAUAAACGCUAUAUCCUUGGCAACCCCCCCCCCCCCCCCCCGAGCUCAAGAUUAAAACGGCAGUGAAGGCCACUGAACCCCAACAAAACAACACAAACACAAAUGCCCGAAAUUAUGUCUGUAAAGCCUGUAAACAGCCCGUGAUGGGGAGUCACGCAGUCAUUGGGAAGAAACACAACUCGUUGCUAUCCGAUAGCAGUCUAAUGCAAACGGGUGUGUAGGAAAAAUAAAUGCAAAGUGAGCGCAAGUCAUCCGGAAAAUUCCCUCAUCACCGCUGAAUUUCAAUACUUUUCAUUACACCAAAACGUAUUCAGGCAAAGAACGAUACGAUGCAAUUUUGUUUGAUUGCGACACUUUGUGUGUGUGUGUGUGUGUGUGUGUGUGUGUGUGUGUGUGUGUGUGUGUGUGUGUGUGUGUGUGUGUGUGUGUGUGUGUGUCAGAUGUCAAGCAAUCCUAAUUUGGCCUUGAUUGUGAACUGCUUUGUCCAGUGCUUAAGUCUAUAAUCAGUUCGAGCUCCAAGCUUCCAGUUAGUUUGAUACGCCUCUCAUGGAGCUAAAAAAAUAAAGACUAAGCAGUUUGUUUUUCAGUUCUUAGAAAAGCUCCCAGAGAAUUGACAUCUCUUUUUUUACCACCUGUGGUAAAUGAAUACGUCCUGAUUCAGUGUGUGGCGGCAGGAACUAAACUCAGUAGGCCGCCACUUCACCAAGACAAAGGCGUAUUUAAAACAUACAGACUUAAGCUGGAGUAAGUGUGUCUUAUAUAGUGCCUGUGCAUGUACACAGUUCUGCACAGUUCUUCUGCAGUGAGGGUUCAAUUAAAGAUAAUACUGGAAAUUCUUCAAGGAUCUAUGCCUAACCUCUCAUCGUUCAUGGAUUGUACCUUCCAACCUGAAUAUAACCGGUUUGUUUUUUGCACAUCUAGAAAUAAAUCAUCGGUACAUGGAAGAAAUAUGCAGGUCAAGCGCCAGGAAUGGUAAUGAUUUUCAUGUAAAUGUAAAGUUGAGUUUAUUAAAUAUACUGCUUUGCACUCAUUGUCUGACCUAAUUUUCUAAAACAAAAUGUCAACAUUCUUUAAUAAAAAUACACAUGACUUUUA